UAAUUUGACAAGGUUAAAUCUUGAUUCUGAUGAAGGUUUCUAGGUUAAAACAAGAGGAAGACAAUAGCAUGUUCGAAGAGACUGUGACAGAUCUUCACAGCAAUGAAAGUGAAGAUGAUAAUGAAGAAGACUUUAACAUGAUGAAAGAAAAAAUGAAAGUAAGGAACUCCUACCAUGGGAAUACAAGGCAGUCCACAGUUUCGAUGAGUAUGAGUAAACAAGCAUUACUGUCCGAGAUCAAAAAAGAAAAGGCACAACACAGAAAGCAGAUCAGACACCUGAAUUCAGAACUGAACAGGAUCCGCCAAACUGAACCUGUAAGGAGCAUAGAGGUGGAUCAUGACGAUGUUCGGUUUGAUGAACAAGAUCUGAUAGGUGAGGGGACAUUCUCUCGUGUAUACAAGGGCAAGUACCAGGGGACUGAAGUAGCAGUCAAACAGCUGAAGAUCCCGCUGUCUUCUCAAGACAGAAACUAUUUCAAUGCCGAGGUGAGUUUGCUGCGAGACCUGCGUCAUCCCCGAGUGGUAUUACUGAUGGGUGUGUGUAGUUCAAGCAGACUUCCUCUGAUGGUUUUAGAGUAUAUGGCCAGAGGGAGUCUCUAUCACCAUCUCCAUAGCACUGCCAGAGAGCCCCUGGACCAUGCUGAGUAUUUCCGAAUCUCUCACGACAUUGCUCUCGGGAUGGCCUACCUUCAUCAACAAAAACCAGCAGUGCUUCACCUCGACCUCAAAUCUAUGAAUGUCCUCAUCUGUAGUAAUGAUCGAGCUAAAAUUGCUGACUUUGGAUUCUCAAAAUUAAGGUAG